GGAAACGAGAACAAGCGAAAGCGUAUCAGUAACACAGCUGAUAGUAAAUUCCAAGGACUCGAGAAGAAGAGAGAUGCUCCAGGUCGUGUUCAGAGGCGGGCCUGGUUGCCUCUGAAGAGAGAUUAGAAGGCUGAAUCAUGCGUCCGUCCGGGGACGACGAUGCGUGCGUGAAUGAUUGACACGGACUACGCGUACACUUGCAAUAAUGCUGCCGCAUGCCCCCAGCAGCACCCCGUCCCCUCCCCCUAUUAAUAAAAAAAAAGAUUCUGACAGCCGAAAGCGCGCACGGUGCUUGCUGCUGACCUGCCCUGCCCACGCCAUGUUCGCGCCCACCCGCUUCACGUGGCCGGCUCCCCGCGGCUGACCGGAUCGUUGAGCCCGGUCGUACGUACGUCGCCCGCUGCCCCCUCGUCGUCGCACCCCGGCAUUCCCCAUUCCCGUUCCCGUUCCCAGGCAGUGCGUUGCUUGCAGUUGCGGUGGGCGGCGGCGGAGGCGUCGACGAAGCAUGGGGAAGGCGGGGCGCUGGCUCCGGAGCUUCCUGUCGGGCAAGAAGGACAGGCAGGCGGCGCCUCCCAAGGACAAGCGGUGGAGCUUCAGGCGCCCCCCGCCGGCGGCGCAGGAAGGGACGGCGGCGGACCAGCACCACCAUGGGCCGCCGCUCGGUCUGCCGGCGCCGGGCGUCGACGAGCUCGACUUCGACCAGAAGAAGCACGCCGUGGCGGUGGCCGUGGCGACCGCGGCAGCGGCCGACGCGGCGGUGGCCGCCGCGCACGCCGCCGCCGCGGUGGCGCGCCUGUCCUCCCGCGCCGCGCCGCGCUUCGCACCGCCGCCGUGCCUCGUCGAGGACGCCGCGGCCGUCAGGAUCCAGGCCACCUUCAGAGGCUAUCUGGCGCGGACGGCUCUGUGCGCGCUGAGGGGCAUCGUGAAGCUGCAGGCUCUGGUGCGGGGGCAGCUGGUGAGGAGGCAGGCCAACGCCACGCUCCGCUGCAUGCAGGCGCUCCUGGCGGCGCAGUCCCAGCUGCGGGCACAGCGCAUGCUGGCCCUCCAGCUCCACGACCACCACCACCCGACGCCUCCCAGACCACGCCAGUCGCCGCAGCACCCGAGGCACCGCCGCUCCUACGAGAUGGACCGGUCGUGCGAGGACAACGCCAAGAUCGUGGAGGUGGACGUGGGCGAGCCCGUGCGGCGGGGCGCGGCGGGGAAGGACAGGCAGCUCUACGCCGGCGGCCGGUCCUCCCCGGCGCCGUCGCUGGCGGCGACGGAGCUGCUGAGCCCGCGGGCGUACAGCGCCCACUUCGACGACCUCUCGGUGGCCAACACGGCGCAGAGCAGCCCGCGGCAGGCGCCGGAGGCCUGCUGCCCGGGCUACAUGGCCAACACGGAGUCGUCCCGCGCCAAGGCGCGGUCCCAGAGCGCGCCCCGCCAGCGCACCGACGCGCUGGAGCGGCUGCCCAGCCGCAGGAAGCAGGGGACGCCGCCCAGGGCCGCCGCCAGGAUGCACUUGCAGCGCUCGUCGUCGCUGGCCGGCAACUACUCCUCCCCGUGGUCGUCGUCGGCUGCCAGGCUCGACGUCUCCGCCGCGUCGCUCAAGGACAGCGAGUGCGGCUCCACCAGCUCCGUGCUCACCGCCGCCACCCUCUACAGCCGGACGCGGUCGCUCGUCGGCUCCGAGGUGCGCCGUGGCCUGUACUGAGAGGAGCUAGCUCGUGUUCCUGGCGACCCCAUGGAUGGAUGCUGAUAGCUUCUGUUCUUCCAAUGGUCCGUGAUUCUUCGAUGGGAGAUGGGAGCUUCAAAUAAAUGGAAUGCUUAUGACCAGUUCGUGCUACAUAAAAUAGUCGCGUUUCAAACUGUACAUUUUUGUAGCCCACUUGUGGCCGUCUGCAGGUAUUGGGUACUAGUAUAUAGACGUGUACAGCUACACAAAAUGUUUGUACAACAAGGUUUGCGAUCGCUUGUAAUGGGUCUGCUUAGCUGCCAAGAAGCAGGGGUUGUUAAUGCGAUCGCUUGUAAUGUGUCUGCGAUGACGAAGAUGGGUAAAUGAUCCUUGGCUUCGUGCUGAAGCCCCCAAGGGCUGCUGGCCCGCAUCCCAACUAUAUAUUGUGCACGUCUAGUUUAAUUUAUGUAGUUUUUUCGUGCUACUGUCGUGCCAAUCUAACAAGUGAAAUUAUCUGCAAAUCUA